CGUCAAGCCACAGACGCUCAUCAACGCCGGAAACUUAAAUAUAUAACAAAAUAAAUGUUCUGCUACAGAAAUAGAGGCAGCGAAGGAGGAAAGAAGAGACUGGCGGAAGCUCGAGUCGACACGGUUGAGGGAUUGAUAUCAACAGCGUCGUCCUGCCAGGCUGUAUCAACCAUAAACAGAAACAAUAGUGAAGAGCCGAGUCGCAGCUCAGCGUGGUUUCAACAUGAACGAGAAAGAGGAGACCGUCGCAGUUAAGCGGACCGGUUCGGAGCAGAGGAAGCUGCGGUCUCGUGAUGCGGCCAGAAGUAGGCGGAGUCAGGAGACGGAGGUGUUUUAUGAGCUCGCCAGCACUCUGCCGCUCCCCCGUCGAGUCUGCACCCACCUGGACAAAUCCGCCAUCAUGAGAGUCGCCCUCAGCUUCCUGAGGCUGCACCACCUCCUCAGACCCGGUAAGAAUCAGAAAGAGGAGUCUGAAGAGCAGGAUGGAGAGGAGGAGGAGGAGGAGGAGGAGGAAGAUCCAAUGGAUGCUUUCUAUCCUCAGGCGCUGGCGGGCUUCGUCAUGGUGAUGACCGAGGAGGGAGACAUGAUCUACCUGACGGACAACGUCAGCAAAUAUCUCGGAAUCACGCAGCUGGAGCUGCUGGGUCAGAAUAUUUAUGACUUUGUUCACCCCUGUGAUGAGGAGGAGCUCCGAGACCUGCUGACUCCACGUCCAGGUUCGAGUAAGAAACUGUUGGCAGAACAGCCGAGUGAGAGGAACUUCUUCCUGCGAAUGAAGAGCACUCUGACCAGCAGGGGGCGCACCGUCAACAUCAAGUCUGCUACCUGGAAGGUUUUCCACUGCAGCGGUCACAUGCGUCAGUUGUCUGGCGGCUCCACGUCGCCCUCUGUAGGCGGAGUGAUGACCCUGCUGUGUGAACCCAUCCCUCACCCGUCCAGCGUGGAGUUCCCCCUGGACACGUGCACCUUCCUCACCCGCCACAGCAUGGACCUGCGCUUCACACACUGCGAGGGCAGGGUGACAGAGUUGGUGGGAUACAAACCUGACGAUUUGAUUGGCCGCUCAGCCUACGAGUUUUAUCACGCACUCGACUCCAGUCACAUCAACAAGAGCCUGCACACAUUGCUGUCCAAAGGUCAGGUGAGCACCAGACACUACCGUUUCUUGGCAAACAGCGGUGGGUUCGUCUGGGCCGAGACUCAGGCGACCGUCCUCUACAACAGCAAGAUGUCACAGCCCGAGGCGAUCGUCUGCCUCAACUUCAUACUCAGUGCCGUGGAGCAGCCAGACGUUGUGUUCUCUGUAGAGCAGAUCCGUUGUGGCCGGCUGCCUGAAGCCAAACCCAACUCGCCAGCGCUUGCAACAGAGAAUUGUGGGACCUCUGACUUCAGUGACUCUGACCCUGACAGUGAGCAUCUCAGCAGCUCCAGUCAGACUGAGGACGUGGAUUUGAAUCCCAGCAGCACUGCAGAGCUCUUCAACAAACUGAAGGAGAACCCGGAGGAGCUUCUCCUGUUGGCUCCUGCCAGUGGAGACAGCGUUGUCCCGCUGAUAGGAGAUUUAGUUGAGCUGUCGUUCGCCAGUCCUCCCAGUCCACAGUCAGUGCCGGACCACCCUCAGUACCUGUGCACUCCACAGCUGCGAAAGCUCCUCUCCCCCAUCUUCAGCCCCAUCACUCCACCUUUAUCAUCAUCAUCAUCAGCAGCCUCCUCACCUGAUCCUGAGCCAGUGCAGAGCCCCUGUGAGGAGGAGAAAGAGGGGAUUGACACCAGCAUGGUGGAGCAGUUCUUUGCCGUUUGGCCAAAAGAUAAUCAGCAGAAAGGAGAAACACAGGAGCACUUGGAGAUGAUGGAUCUGGACAUGUUGGCUCCUUAUAUCUCUAUGGAUGAUGACUUCCAGCUGACCGUCACCAGCAGUUUGCAGGAAGCCGACAGACCAUCCUCUUUGUCUGAACCCUCGACUGUCACAGUGAGCAGGAAACGGACUCGUAACCCAGAUGAGGCGGUGCUGUCCCAGCUAAUGAUUCAGGACAAGAGACCGAAACAAGAUCCUUGCUCAAUCGAAGAGGAACUGCUCCUCAGCCACAGAUUUCUGGGCUGUCUGGAGGAAACCUACCAAUCAGAUUUGUUCCUUGAGUCGGGUCCUGGCAGAAAAAAUCCUCUUCUCACAGACAGAGACCCUAUUUUGGGAGGCAUGCAGGGACUCUGUGAUACUGCAUCUCUGAUGAGGGACUUAUUUACACCUCGUCCACCGGACCUGUCGCCGCCUCUCUCCCCUAUGACUUGACGGAGCUCCUUUCCAAUCAAAGAGUCGACUCAACGCCGGACAUGAUUAUAGACUCACGCUGCGAACCGUCUCCUUGUUGCUUGUAGCUGAAACAAGAAGGGAUGACAUGUUAUAAAGCAGGUGG